CGUGCGGGCGCUCCGCCGAGGGAACCGCCGCCGCCGCCAUGACCUCCGCCUCCACCAAGGUGGGCGAGAUCUUCUCCGCGGCCGGCGCCGCCUUCACCAAGCUGGGCGAACUGACGAUGCAGCUGCACCCGGUGGCCGACUCCUGCCCGGCCGGGGCCAAGUGGACGGACGCCGAGAUCGCCCUCCUGCGGGCCUCCGUGCAGCGCUUCGGCGACGACCUGCACCGCAUCAGCGCCCUCAUCAAGGACCGCACCGUGGCUCAGCUGAAGGGGGCGGCCAAGCGCAAGGCUUACGAGGACUCCGGGCUGCCCCCGCCGCCCCCCGCCGACUCCCCCAAGAAGCCCCCCGGCCGCAAGCCGCCCCCGCCCGCCGCCCCGCCGCCCGAGCCGCCCGCCGCCAAGAAGCCCAAGGCGGACCUGACCCUCAGCGCCCUCAACGACGCCGACGCGCCCCGGGAGGAGGGCGAGGGGCUGGCGGGAGAGGCGCCCCCCCCGACGGCCAAGAAGCUCAGCUUCGACCAGGACAGCCUGAACCUGGAGCCCGGAUUCCUCCUGACGCCCGGCGGAGCCGAUCUGCCGCUGCUGUCCCGCUGAGCCUCCCCGGCCUCUGCCCCCUGCCCUCCCUCCUUCCUUCCCUCGGGCAGGGCCUGGCGGUAGGGGGCGCCCCACCCCGGGCCUCUGCCUCUUCUUGUCCUGGAGCCCAAUAAAGGCUGCUGUGCUCUG